AUGGAGCGGGCGCACCAGCUCUGGUCCGUGGCGCUGGCCGCGCUGGCGCUGCUGAGCGGGCCACUGGCUACGCGAGCCACCGCGGGCGCGGCGGGGGCGGGCCCCGUGGUGCGCUGCGAGCCGUGCGAUGGGCGCGCGCUGCAGCAGUGCGCGCCGCCGCCCACCGCGCCCGCGUGCGCCGAACUGGUGCGCGAGCCAGGCUGCGGCUGCUGCAUGACUUGCGCGUUACAUGAGGGCCAGCCGUGCGGAGUGUACACCGAGCGCUGCGGUUCUGGCUUGCGCUGCCAACCGCCACCCCAUGAGCCGCGUCCGCUGCAGGCGCUGCUGGAUGGACGCGGGCUGUGCACCAACGGCAGCGCCGCGGAUCGCCUGCGUGCCUACCUGCUGCACGGACCGCCCACAUCAGGAAAUGCCAGUGACUCAGAAGAAGAACACAAUGCAGGGAGCACGGAAAACCAGGCACUUCCCAGCACACAUCGGGUGCUGGACUCCAAAUUCCAUCCCCUCCACACCAAGAUGGAUGUCAUCAAGAAGGGACAUGCCAAGGACAGCCAGCGCUACAAAGUGGAAUAUGAGUCUCAGAGCACAGACACCCAGAACUUCUCCUCUGAGUCCAAACAGGAAACAGAAUAUGGCCCUUGCCGCAGGGAAAUGGAAGACACUCUGAACCACCUCAAGUUCCUCAAUGUGCUGAGCCCUAGAGGUGUGCAUAUUCCUAACUGUGACAAGAAGGGGUUUUAUAAGAAAAAGCAGUGCCGCCCUUCUAAAGGCAGAAAGCGAGGCUUCUGCUGGUGUGUAGACAAGUAUGGGCAGCCACUCCCUGGCUAUGACACCAAGGGGAAAGUUGACAUCCAUUGCUACAACAUGGAGAACAAGUAG